GAGGCGUGACUCAAGAACAUUAACCUGCAUAUUUUAGUGUAAAUUCCUUAAAAACAUUUCCUGGAGGCACAGAGUGAAUUGACCUAUUAAGAUACAGUAAAUGCAGCAACUUACUUUGGAAAGGAACGAGGAAGUUUUGAAGCCCUUCGUUUAAAACCCAGACAAGCCAGGGUUGAAAGAUUUAAAGGGGGAAGUGUGUGCCUCCGGCUAGGAAGAAAAGUAAUUUAUGGAAGCUGGCCCCAAAAGCAGCAAUGCAGCUCGUGCAAUAAAAUGAAAAGAGCGGAAUAUUUAAAACUAUAAAUGAGGAAAGAGACAUUUCCCCAAGCUUGAGAUCUUUCUAAGGUUGGAAAGUGAAAUCAAAGUCAUCUCCAUUGUCAUCUUUGGGAACCCGACAAGAGCUGAAGAUGGCCACCCAGCAAAAAGAAGUAUCAAAUGCCAUUGGCCUGGAGGAAAUAGGCCCUGAGAGGCAAGAACCCAAGAAAGAGCAGAAGACAUUUACAGUGGAAGAGGCUGUGGAAACCAUCGGGUUUGGGCGGUUUCAUAUAGCGCUUUUCCUGAUCAUGGGCAGUACUGGUGUGGUAGAAGCCAUGGAGAUCAUGCUAAUAGCUGUUGUUUCUCCACUCAUCCGUUGUGAGUGGCAACUUAAUGACUGGCAGGUGGCUUUAGUGACAACGAUGGUGUUUUUUGGCUAUAUGAUAUUCAGUAUACUCUUUGGACUCUUAGCUGACAGAUACGGCCGCUGGAAGAUUCUGCUGAUCUCUUUCUUAUGGGGGGCCUAUUUCUCCUUGCUGACAUCGUUUUCUCCAUCGUACAUCUGGUUCGUUUUCCUCCGGGCCAUGGUGGGAUGCGGUGUGUCAGGCCACGCACAAGGACUUAUCAUAAAAACCGAAUUCUUGCCUACAAAAUACCGCGGGUAUAUGUUGCCCUUAUCUCAGGUUUUUUGGUUGGCAGGCUCCUUAUUAAUUAUUGGAUUGGCAUCAGUGAUUAACCCGACCAUAGGCUGGCGUUGGCUGAUCAGAAUCGCUUCUAUUCCAGGCAUCAUUCUCAUCCUGGCAUUUAAGUUCAUUCCAGAGUCUGCUCGGUACAACGUAUCUACUGGAAAUAACAAAGCCGCCGUUGCAACACUGGAGAGGAUUGCCAAGAUGAACCGCUCAGUAAUGCCAGAAGGGAUCUUGGUGGAGCCUGUUAAUGAAAGAAGAGGUAGAUUCAGUGACCUAUUGGACUCCAAAUACUUACGAACCACUUUGCAAAUAUGGAUCAUAUGGCUUGGAAUAUCUUUUGCUUAUUAUGGCGUCAUCCUGGCCAGUGCUGAGUUACUGGAGCGGGACAUGGUCUGUAGUUUGCAGACGGCAGUGAAGGAGUUGGGGGAUGAUUCAGAGGAAAGCCGCAGCCCAUGUCACUGUCGCUUGUUUGCCCCUUCGGAUUACCGGAUCAUGAUCAUCAGCACAAUUGGAGAGAUUGCAUUAAAUCCCUUAAACAUUCUAGGCAUCAAUUUCCUAGGAAGACGACUGAGCCUGUCUAUAACAAUGGGAUGCACUGCACUAUUUUUUCUCUUCCUUAAUAUCUGCACUACAAGUACGGGUCUGAUCGGUUUUCUCUUCAUGCUGCGUGCCUUGGUAGCAGCAAACUUCAACACCAUCUACAUUUACACAGCAGAGGUUUACCCUACUACAAUACGAGCUCUGGGAAUGGGGACAAGUGGUUCACUAUGUCGGAUUGGAGCUAUGGUGGCACCAUUUAUAGCACAAGUUCUCAUGAGUGCUUCGUUCCUCGGGGCCCUGUGCCUUUUCUCAGGCAUGUGUGUGGUGUGUGCCAUCUCUGCCUUCACUCUGCCCAUAGAGACCAAAGGAAGGGCGCUCCAGCAAAUGAAAUGAAUGAAGACACUCAAAGUUGGUUCUUGUGGGAGAGAAAAAGGAACCUUUCAGCAGUUGCUGGAAAGAGGAGGUAUAAUCACUGUUGAAGAGCAUACAAGCUACAUGCUAUCUACAGGAUGCAUUUGGAAAA